AUGGCGUCAAAGGGGGGCCAAUGCGUUGGUCUCAGCCGCGCAUUGAUGGCGGGGUUCCACGCCUCCGCGAUGGUCUUGCGGCAACCACUGCGCGCGAGAGCGCACAGCGGUGGACGUGGGACGCCGCCCUGCCUAUCGCCCUGCAGCGACAGAGCUUUCUGUGUCGCGCGGGUGGGCUGGCGAGCCCCGUGUGCUUCACGGGGCGCAGCGCUCGCGGCAGCCCAGGGAGCUGCCAACGAGACGUUUCCCGCUGUGGUCAUCGUCGAGUCUCCGGCGAAAGCGAAGAAGAUCCAGAAGUUUCUCGGAGACCAAUACCUCGUCAUAGCGAGCGUCGGUCACGUCCGGAACCUACCUCGGAAGAGCGGCAGCGUGGACCCCGAACGCGACUUCGCGAUGCGGUGGUCCGUACAACCUAAAGCACAGGAUAUUAUCGAGGGCAUCGAGCGCGUCGUCAGCAGCACGAGCGAGCUCAUUCUGGCCACGGACCCGGACAGGGAGGGGGAGGCCAUUGCGUGGCACAUCGCCCAGGUGCUCGAGGAGCACGACGCGUUGGCCGGCGUCAACGUCAAGCGCGUCACCUUCUCCGAGGUCACCGAGGGCGCGGUGCUGCACGCCAUGGCCAACCCCCGAGGCAUCGACAAGGCCCUGGUGGACGCCUACCUGGCCCGCGUGGCGCUGGACUACCUUGUGGGGUUCACGCUGUCUCCCGUGCUGUGGCAGAAGCUGCCGAUCGCGCGGUCGGCGGGUCGCGUGCAGUCCGCGGCGCUGCGGCUCGUGGUUGAGCGCGAGAGGGAGGUCCAGCGGUUCGUGCCCCAGGAGUUUUGGAGUGUGUCGGGGGUCGUGGAGUCCGAGAGGGGCGCGCGGGCCGCCGCGCAGGUCGUCACGGUCGAUGGCCGCAAGGCCAACGGACCCGGCGGGCUGCACAGCGCGGCGGAGGCGGACGGUGUCGUGGAGCGUCUGUCUGACGCGCAGCUGCAUGUGGCGAGGCUGUCGACGCGCCACGUGUCGAAGAACCCCUCGCCGCCAUACGUCACGUCGACGUUGCAGCAGGACGCGUACCGCAGGCUCGGGUUCGCGUCGGCGCGCACCAUGCAGGUGGCGCAGGCGCUGUACGAAGGCCGGGACCAUCCGGGAGGCGGACUCAUCACCUACAUGCGGACUGACGGCACACACAUCUCCCCCGAGGCGCUCGAGGCGAUCCGCGCGGUCAUCGGCGAGCGCUAUGGCGCAGCGCACCUCCCCGACGAGCCACGCUCAUAUCGCUCGAAGCAAAAGAAUGCCCAGGAGGCGCACGAAGCCAUCCGCCCGACCGACAUGCGGCGGGCCCCCGACGACCUCGCCAGGAUGGGCCUGCCGCAGGAUCAGGUCGCGCUGUACGGCAUCAUCUGGCGCCGCACCGUCGCGUGCCAGAUGGUGCCCUCCAAGUCGAAGCAGCUGGGCGCCGACGUGGCCACCGAGUCGGGCGACGUCGUCCUGCGCGCGAGCGCCUCGGUCGAGGUCUUCGACGGCUAUCUCCGCGCUUGGCGCGACGGCGGCCCUGCAGCGCCCCCCCCGGGACUCUCACUCUCUUCGUCCUCUAUCGACGACACGCAGAGCGGCCCACCGUCGGCAGCGGGGGCGGAGGCGCUGCUUGCACUCCGGGAGGGCGAGCCGAUGCGGCUCUCGGAGUGUGGCAAGACGCAGCACUUCACCAAGCCGCCGGCACGGCUAAACGAGGCGUCCCUGGUGAGCCUACUCGAGGAGCUUGGCAUUGGACGCCCGUCGACUUUCGCGGCCAUGUGCGAGCUUAUACAGCAGCGCGGAUACGCGGACAAGGUGCCCGGUGGCGCGCUCGUGCCCAGUGACGCGGGACGGCUGCUGACACAAUUCCUGGUCGAGUACUUCCCGGACGUCGUGAACUACGAGUUCACUGCCUCGAUGGAGGAGAAGCUGGACGAAGUCUCCGCGGGACACGUGGCCUGGCGCGACCUGCUGGGCUCGUUCUGGGGGCCGUUCAGCGCCCGUGUGGACGAGGUCAUGCAGAUCGACCGCAUCGCGGCGGUCCAGGCGAUCGACAAGGCCCUUGAGGACCUCCUGGGGUACCCUGUCAAGGGGGGAAGUGGAAGUGCUGCGGCAGGGAACGGCGCGGAAGCGUCUCGCGGAGGAAAGAUGCCGAUCCCGGGUCCGGAGGGCGUGGAGCGCACGUGUCCGAGCUGCGGGACCGCAGAGCUCAAGCUGUGUGUGUCUGCCAAGGGUGCGUGGAUCGGCUGUUCGGGAUACCCUGAUUGCACAUACGCGCUGUCGACCUUCACCCCUGGGUACGCCGGGUCGACAGUGCGGCCCCUGAGCUACCCGCGCGAAGUCGGCGCGCACUCCGAGGACGGGAAGCCCAUCAUGAUGAAGAAGGGCCCCUACGGGCCGUACUUGGAGUGGGGCGAGCUACGGGCGUCCAUCAACGUCAGGCGGAGCAACCCCGCGACCCUGUCCAAGGAGCAGUGCGAGGAGAUCCUGCGCAUCAAGCUCGAGAAGAAGGCACAGAGUGAGGCAGAGAGCGACUCGUCGUCGGGUGAGGUGGGAGCACCAAAGAAGCGGAAAGCGGCGAAGCGGCCACGCGCCAAGCGCACGCCGUCGGCGUACAUCUUGUUUUGCAACGACGCGCGCCCGGCUCUGCUUGAGGAGCACCCGGACUGGCCGCCGACUGAGGUCAUCAAGGAGCUUGCGGUACGCUGGCGCGGGAUCGACGACGAGGUGCGGGCCAAGUACGAAGCGCGGGCGCAAGAGCUGAAGGAGGCGGCAGCAGCAGAGCGCGGGGACGACGGGCGGGGCAAGGCGAAGGCGAAGCGCGCGCCAACGGCGUGGGUGCUCUUUUGCAACGACGAGCGGCCAGUCGUGCGCAGUGAGCAGCCCGGGCUGGCGAUGGGGGCGGUCACUCAGGAGCUGGCGCGGCGGUGGAGAGAGCUGGACGACGCAGAGCGGGCGCGGUACGUUGCGGCGGCGGAGGACAAGAAGCAGGAGAUGCGGGAAACAGCGCCAGUGGCAUAG